CCCGCCCCGGCAUUCUCUCUUUCUCGUAUACUCUAUGUACAUUAUACGAACAACUCGUCGUCAGUCAGUUGCAGUCAGUACAGAGACAUCGUUGUCGGUGCCUCGCCCGUCUCACUCCCUCCUUCUCCUCCUCCUCCCCCCUUUUCUCUUUCUCUUUUCCUCGUCUUUUCAGUCUCCACCCACUCUUUAACUUCGUUGAGUUUUUUUUUCCCCUCGUUAAUCGCGUCACCGCCGUUAUCAUUUCUCCUAGAACCGGCGCCUGUGUUUCGGAGUUUUAUCUAAACGUUCCUUAUCCGCGCGUGGCCGCGUGGAAUCCUCCUCUUUAUCCGUCUCGCACGUGGAGAGAAAAUGCCGCGAAAAAUCGCGCGCCAUCUGUUAACGGUGCGACAGUGGCAGUGACGGUGCGUCCGAGGUGUGACAGCGAUAAGAGGGCCUUUUUCCCUCUCUACUCCUCACGUUUGUGAUAAUAAGGCGCCUUUAAAAGGAGAACGGUGCUCAACGAACCAGCAUGGAGUCGCAGGAGGGUGUCUUUGAUAGCAAAAUCUCGGAAACAGCCGUGCAUAAUCGGGACUCGUUAAAGGGUGACGGGAAAGAAGCGAAUGCAGGUAACGUGCAAGUUCUGUCGGUCGACAAGAUUACUGUUGAAAGAAUUGUUCUCGAAUCUUUGAACGGAUCGCGAGAAGUAUUGUUAAAAAAGAACGAGACUUCGGAAAAAUUAUCUCUGAGUUCAGAGACGAGACCGAACGUCGUUAAAUGCGUGAAAGACGAGCGGCAGAAAUCAGCGUGUAGUGAUAAAUUUCGCGUUUCGGAAAACGCGUCUACGUCAAACUCAAAAGAUCCUAAGACCAUCGUUUCGGGCGGCCAAUCGAAACUUCCUAUUCUCAAGAGCCGUAAAAGCAACGGUGUCAGUAUUUUGAGCGAAGAGAACAGAAUCAAGCCGAUUAAGUUUGCGAAAAGCCCGGCAGCUGAUAGCGGUGCAAUCGAAGAUCUAAACUCUGCAAACGCGAUUGUCAAGAAGAAGUACACGGUGUCGCCGGAAGUCUCAGAGAAAUUUAUAAUUGAAAAUGAACAUAAUUCAUCUUUGAUAGUGAGCUCGGUGUCCUCAACGGAAGCAGUAUCUUCGGAAGAUUUAUUGUCGAAGGGGAAAAAAGUUGUUGACGAGAUAGCGGCUGAGGUUAGGCAAGAGCAAGCUGAACAAGAACUUCUCGAGACGGUAGACGCUGCGGGCGACGAAAAAGGUGACAAUGUAAGCUCCCUCGAAAUCGAUAGACACAAUGAGACGUCUGAGGCUGCAAACGUGAACUGCGAACGUGAAUCAGGCGGGAUUAAGAAGCAACAAGACGACGUUGAGGAGAGUCGUGGAGGAGAUGCGAGAAUUGACAGGGAUGUGCGGGACCGCCUAGAGAGGAGUCGGGCGACUAUCGACGAUCUUCAAAAGAAUCUGAGCACCAAGAUCCACGCCAGUACCGCGCGAAGCUACAAGGAGAAAUUGCUGGGUCUUCAGGCGAAUUAUGCUCUGAAGUCGCCGAUUAUCUCGGAGUCGCGCGGCAGCGAGGGAUUAAGUUCCGGAUUCGACAAGGAUUUUCUUGAGAAGCACAAUCCGGAUAAGCGGCUGAAGAUCGAGGAGAAGAGGCUGUUGGAAACCGAUCUCGAUUACACGUCCGACAACGACAGGGCCAGCGAGACCGACGAGCGGCCGUCGGGUAAGAUCGACGUCAAACGGAAGUACAGCGAGAAGGUGACGGAGGUGGAGAAGAGGUGGUCCGGAGAAUUUCUGGAUAAUCGCUUGCAACGGAACUCCUCGGACUCUUCUAAGUCGUCUUACGUCGAGGAGUUUGGCAGCGUGUCCUCGCGCGAGAGUAUUGUCGACGACCGCGACGCCGGGGUCGACGUAUUCUUUGACCGGAAGCGUCCGGAGGCGGAGGAGCUCGCCGGGAGGCGGGCGUCGAUCGGUGAGCCGAAGAGACGAACUUCGGAGGAGAUCCUUGAGAACAGCACCGUGAGCACCGUCGACUCCGAUUCGUGUCUGGAGGAUAGAAUCAAGGCGGUCGACGAAGACAUCGCCCACGUGGCGAACAAAGAGAACGAGAUACAGACGGACGAUAAUGACGAUAUCGAGGGAUUGGAUCGAGCCUUCGACGACGAGGAAGAUAAAGAUUGCGCUCGGUGGGAUGAAGAAGUAGAGAGGGCGGAUGCGAUUCUUACAACGGCGAUAGUUCACGAAGAUAUAAGCUUUAGGGAAAGAGGUGACGCUACCAGCGAUCUAAAUUCGUACGAGGCGAAGAAUAACUGUAAACUGAAUAUCGAAGAAACAGGAAACGUGAUAAUUGCCGAUAGGAAGAAUCCUUUAUUUGAAAAGAGAAACGAUAAAACUUCUGGGACUCUUACGGCAGUUAAUUCGAAGAAGUUUACCAAGCCUACGAUCUCCGUUGUCCGAAGUCAACGUGGCAAGGACGGUUACGCGAAUCUUAUAAAGGAAUUUGCGAUGGAGGCGGGUCCGUCCAAGGUGAAGAAGGAGGAGAAGCAGAAGAAGAAACUUGGUUUUCGGCGUUUAUUGCCCGGUUUCUUCUCCCCGAAAGAUUCUCGAAAGGAUUACAAGAAGAAGGAGCAGAAGGAUCGGAGGAGGUACGAGGAACGACAUUUUGUUCGUUACCAACAGAAUGGGAAUUACACGAGAUCGCCGGACACGAUGAACCUGAACGAGGACAUUAAGAGAAAUGUUAAGCUGGACAACAGCCUGAAUGGUUCUAUCAUUGAGGAGAGAUUGGACGAGAUCAAGCGCGAAUUGUUUCCCGAGCAAGGACCGAUCACCAGUACGCCCGAUCACUUCCUGCAGACGGACGAUACGCGGCUUCUCCGCGAGCGAGCCAGAGGUCAGCGGUCGUACACCGCUAACUCCAGCCUGAGCUCGAUCGCGCCGGACGAGAGAUGGUUGGAGCGAAGCGGACAGUUCGGCAUAUCGCCCGAUCACAUGAGGAAGUACGAGCAGAGGCAGAGACGCGGCGAGGAUCACGACAGCCGGCGAUACGGAGCGCAUCUGGAGCGCAAGCACAGUCUGCAGGAGCCGAAUCACGGCGCGCGUACUUACGUCUUCCAGAGAAAUCACGCUGCCUCCGGUCGAAUCUCGGCGCCGCCCGGGGAACGGUGUUACAUACGGUCGCGGGCCAUUCAUCCCGUCGACAGACCGCUGCCCGAUAUCCCGCAGUCGCGACUCGAGCUCUCGAACUACGAGAAUUACCAGGACGGCAUCGACCAGCUGUGCGACAAUCUCGGUGGUUUGGACGUUGCCGACAACGUGGAUUACCGGAGCCAAUCCGGGCUUUAUCAAAACGACGGGACCCUCGAGGCGAGUUUAAUCCACAGUCCGCCGCAGUCGGUUCCCGCGCAAGUUAAAAUUACACGGCAGCCGAUCGUGAAUCAAAAUCAGCGUGCACCAUUGAUCGGGAAAAACUCGAAGUACCCGUCGUCCGGUUCCAGCCAGAAGUCCGGCGACUAUGCCGACUCGAGUUGCACACCUAACUCGAGCCAGAAGAGCGAAUUCUCGCCCACCAGCUCGAAAAGCGGCGAGUACUAUUUGAACUCGCCGCGUAGCAGCGCUCGAACUUCACCCGCGGACCGACCGCUCUUCGAAGAUACGCGCGAGGGGAUUUACGAGAAUGAAGAUCAGACUUCCCAGCCGUCGGGUAACUACAUCGAGGAACACGUCUACGACGUGACUCCAUCGUCACCGUGCCGCGAGGAUCGUUUCGCGAGGGCGGAAACACCGGAGCGUAUGGAGAAAAAUUCGCCGGAGGACAAAGGUGACUUGGUCUUCGAACAAGAAUGUUCACCGAAUCAACAGUCGCCCUUAAAGAAUUGUUCGUUUCGGUACUGCGAGGACAAUGAAAAUCCGCGAACGGAAUCGAAACGCGAAACUGAGAAAUCGCGCGAAGAUUGCAUAAAGAGUCACGAGAAUGCUGAAACAAACUUGAAGAGCGAUUCAUUGGCGUGCAAUCAAGCUGAGAGAUCGCCCAUUCGGAGCACAUCGCCGUCGAGGUCCGGCAUGACAGCGACGUCCCCGUCGACGGGAUCACGAGCCAGGAGGUCACAGCCCGAUGAUCAAAUCUUGAUAGCCUCGCCCAAGCGGGAAGCCAUCUGCCAGUCUCGAGUCCCUCGGCCGUCGAACGGGGCGAGGCUCCGCGACGCGGAAUCGCCCGUCCCCAUAGCGGAUUCGCGCGACGGUAUCUCUGGCAUCGUUCCAAUCGAAGUGCGACAUCAGUACGGCGGUCGAAAUUCCUCCGCCACGGGAAUGGGAAGAUCUAUGGAACGAAAGAGUGUACUGUCCUUCACGAAGGGGAUCUCGCGCCCCGAACCGAUUUACGGAUACCGCGGACAGCCGAGUCCCACCGCCCGCGGCAACGCGCUAGCCUCGGAAACGAGGGAAGGCAGACGCGAGAACGAACAAUCGCCGCCGUCCGAUCUGUACGGUUUGGCCAAACGCGACGUCGACGAGAGAAUUGCCCGGGUCAAAGGUCGAAAUUCGGCGUCGCAGAGUCCACAGUCGUGCGUGUUGGAGACCAAACGGAUGCUCAACGAACCGGUGAGACGGGUAGCACGGUCCCCGAUACGCGAGUCGCCAAACGCGGCUGAGAUCUGUCAACAGCGACGGCACAAUCAGAUCGCCGCUCAGCAACAGCGGGCUUCUCCAUUCACGGCGGCGGCAGUGGCGGCGUCGAUCGAGGGCCGGCAGUCUUCGCCGACCGCGAGUCAAGACAAGAUGAUGUACGUAAGCGCGAGUUCGCUGCAACGCGAGCCGAUUUACGAGCAACGCCAACGACAGUGUCAACCGCAGCAUCAGCCGCGACAGGGCCAAGAGCCGUACGCUCAACGAACCGCCGACACGGGAUACGGUCAGCAGGGUCACCCGACCUGCGGACUGUUGUCGCCCUCGAAGCAAGAGACCAGGCAGCACUUGGAAGCGUUUUAUUGGCAGCAAAAGGCGCUGGAGGCACACCGGAAGUCGGUCACCUCGUCGGCGAACCCCGGUCCGAGGCAGACCGCGCCGAAGAUCGAUCUGCCGGAGGUAAGGGAGGCAGUAUAUUGGCAGCAGCUGAAGAGACUCGACGAGGAGCAACAGCGACGGAUCUACGAGCAGAAUCUGACAACGGCGGACGGGCUGUACGGUGCGUAUUACAAGGCGAGCACUGGAAGCCCCACGAUGCCGAGUCAGGCAUUCAGAUCUAACGCGACGGCACUCGGUCCCGUCACUCACGGUGACGGAUCUUACUGGAGUAACGUCCAGCAACGUCUCAAGAUGAGUCCGACCGGAAAACCGCCGUUAAUGCAAGCACAGAAAGGCCAGAAUCAGCCGGUACUGAUAGUCAGGCCGCAGCAGGCGCUGCGCGAUCGCCAGGAGUUGUCGAUGAAGUCUGCGAAUCCACGUGAUCCCGCGGGAUACGACGGGCAGAGGUCGAAGAGCGCUUCUCCGCACUUCCACCGGGGCGACGUCGAGCGUACCAGUCUCCACGUGACGUGCAGAAAACCAUUCGCGGACGGAAGAGCCGGCACGGCGUCCCCGGCGAGGAAGCCGGCGGAGGUCGGCGGGGUUUACGAGGAGGACGGCAACGACGGCGAGGUCAGAUCGCGACCGCAUCCUAUAUUCAAGCGGGGUAGCCUGAUAGGAGGCGAAUCAGUGGAGUACGGAAGCACUGGCCCCAAGAGGGUUAGUUUCUCCAAUCAACCGAAUGCCGGGCCGGAAUUGGUAGCCGGUAGCUGGCCGACCAAGCGUGGAACGGCACCCGAGCCGCCCACCAGGCGGCACAGAAGCGAGGACAGCGCCUCGGACACCGAUUCGGUGUUCCUGCCUCAAGACCGGCACGACGGGACUCAAGACGCUUCGUGCGUCAGCCGCAACGCGGGCCCGUCUUCGAGAUGUCGCUCGGACGGGAGCUGCUCGGAGCCGGAGUACGACGCUAAUAAACCUCUGCCUCCUCUGCCCAAGGAUCCCUUGGUAAUCACCCGCCGCGGAAACAGUGCCAGGAAUUACGUCUGCAGCGACGCCCGAUGGAGCAACGAGGAGCAACGCGACGGUCGGCGAAAGCAGAGUGAGGAAGAGUGGAAUCCAGAUGGCAAGGGUCGGCAAUCCAACGAUACUGGCGGAUCUAUCAGGGGGGAGGUUGAACUUGGCUCGAACGAACUCACAUCUGGCAGACGGUCUGGCGGCGGCAUCGGUGGCGGAGGCGGCGGUGGCGUCUUGGGGGUUGGCGCCGGCGGUGGCGGCAGCGGCGGGGGUUCUGGAGGCCGCAGCUCCUCCGGGGGCCGCUCGAGAGACGAGCCGAGGAGGCACACCCUCGGCGGCGAUCACCAACCCUCCCUACAUCAUCAACAGUUCAACGCGGCGCAGCAGCUGCACCCCCUGCAUCCGCAUCAUUUGCCGCCACACGGCCAGUACGGCACCCCGCCCUCGCGGCACACCACCAUGGAUCUCGAGAUGGGGACCAAGUCUCGCCAGAGAAAGUCGCCUCUGCCGCGUGGCUAUCCGCCCCCGUCUUCGACGAUGCUUUUCGAUGACGACCCGGGCAUCAUGUCCGAGGUGGAGACCUCCAGCACGGGAUUUCGGCGAGGGGGCAAGCAAAGGAGCAGCCUGCCCGUCGUACGAACGCCCAGCAAAACUUUGGAGCGACCACUAGGGCUGGUGUUCCUGCAGUACAGGAACGAGACGAAGAGAGCAUUGCUACCGAACGAAAUUACCAGUAUAGACACCGUCAAGGCUCUCUUCGUCAGAAGCUUUCCAAAACAACUUACUAUGGAAUACCUAGAUAGUCCUCAUGUAAAAGUUUACAUACACGACAGCAACAAAGACAUGUUUUACGAACUCGAAGAUCUAAGAUCACACCUGAGAGAUAUCAGGGAUCGCAGUGUCCUGAGACUUUUCGAGAGUGCUGACGGGGUGACGGGGAUGCCAGGGCCCAUGGGAGUGCCGGGAGGCGGCGGCGGUCUGCCUCCCCAUUGGGAAGACCAAAGCUACUUUAGCGAACCAGAAUUCGACAGCGAAUAUCAGCAUCAGCACAUUCACAAGAGCAAGACGGCCAAGAACUCGACGUCCGGCAGCGGCUACUACGUCGGCGGAAGCAGCACCUUGCCGCGCGGUGGGUCCCUCCUGAGGGCUUACAGCCCGGCGGCGUCGAGCGUCGUCGGGGGUCCAAGCGGAACCCCGACGCAGCCAAAGACUCUCACAACACCAGAUGGUUGGAUAGGUGUUGGCGGGGUGCCGCCGGCCAAGCCGCUUCGCAGCUACCAGUGUGGUAAGAGUCCCCUUGGAAGCCUCGGGGGCUCGGCGCGCUUCUCUAGAGACAGCUCGGUCUCCCUCUAUAGUAUACCAGAUCGGUUACACGGGGAGAGCGGAUACAUGAGCAGCCCCGAGCGCGGCGGUGGCGUCAGUUCCGGAAGCGGAAGAUAUCCAGCCGGUCCAUACAGUGCCGGCAGCAGCUACGAGGAUCCGUAUUAUUCGCAAUACUCGGGGACCGUUACGCCCGUCAUCGAUGAAGAAGCCAGUGGGUGGUGCAGCGAUACGGAGCUGUUGGAGGAAUCGUACAGUCUUUACGGCGUGAAACCACCGGGGCGUCCGCCGUCUGGUCCCCCGCGGUCCCCGUUUCCUCCGGGGGCGCCGCCCCCACUGCCACCCGGCGGACAGGCCUACGACGCUACUCGGAUAAGGGUGGAGCACAUGGAGAGGCAGCUGGCCAAUCUGACCGGGCUCGUGCAGAAAGCCCUGACACACGCGCCGCACACGAGUCCUUCGCCGCGGGAGUACUUGCAGGUCCCGCCGGGACGUGAUCCUUACGCGAGAGCAGCAGGCGCCGGGGAUGAGUUCGACAAACAUUCUAGCUCCAGCUCUGCCUCAUUGCCAGUGUCUCAACCUGCCGUUACAGAUGACUCGUACUUAAGGACUGACGUUAAACCGCCAAAGUUAGGCAAAGACAAGUCGGUGUCGUUUGAAAAGUCAGUGUCCUUCAGUGACGAGCCACCAGACAUGAACUCCCCCAAACAACAUUCCCCGCAACAUGCAGCGGAUACAAAACCCACGAAACCGGCAAUCAAAUCCUCCACGUUGCCGAGGAUGUCUUCUCAAGAGAGAGACAGGCAUAAGCCGACACCACCGCCAAAACCGGUCGCACUGGUGGCCGGUGGUCAGUACGUGUACAGGGAUCUGGCGCUCACGCCGGAGAUGUAUAAUCAGCUGAGGGGUCUGCAGAAGAAAGCGAAGGAUCUCAGGCAGGAAGUGAGAAACUUGAGGCGCAUGUCGCAGGCACAGGCUCAUUCGGUGCGCGAGACUAUCAAGGACACGUUCAUCACAAUUAGGGCCAUGUUAUUAUCGGGAGGGGACGCAGCUUGGACGGCCGGGGACACGGAGAAGAUCCGACUGAGCCGCGAAGAGGAUCUCUACAAGCAAGAAAUGAUAAGGCUGGAAAAAGAUCUCACCGAGCUCGAAAGCACCGUGGAGGAGCUUCGCGGUAACGUGAUCAAUAGAAAGACGCGUGUCAAUAUGUCGGAUGUGGAGAACAUGGCUUUGAUAUUGAGUAAAUCCAGUAAAACCGUGGCCGAUCUGAAAGUACGGUUCCCGAGUUUGCAAGAGGGUAUGAAGGGCCUGCUGAGCUCCGAGAUGGAAAAAGUAGUGCGCGAGGAGAAGUUCCUGAAAGAAGAACCCGACCGAUUGGAGUCCGCGUUGAGACGUUGCAAGAAACUUACCGGCACCCUCGUGACGCUCAAACGCUUGGCGUCGGUGCAAGAGCAGCGAUUACCAAACGCAGCGAGCGUAGACGCCGAGGACACGCCGCCUAUAACACCGACGACAGCACAGCAUUCCAAGGCAGCUGCCCCUGUGCCAGCGGAACGCACUGUCGUGGGGUCAGCGAGCGUCCUCGGGGGAGGGGGCCACCCUCACGAGCCAUCCGCCGACCAUCAGCAGCGUCCGGAGAACGCACUCGACGCUCUGCUAGACGAGCUGCAGACCUUCUCCCGACCGAGCUCGCAGAUGGGCCACGUGUCAGGCGGCCUCUCGGUGCAUCCGGGCUCGAACGCACACCUGGCCGACAUCGGCCGCGCCUCCAGCCUCCGAGGAGACUCGACGAGCGUCACCGCGGCGACUGCCAGCGGCGGCGGACGCGCCCCCAGCAUCAGCAAUAUCGGCCGGAAGGGCAGCGUGGAUUCCUCCAGCGGCACCUUGGCCGCGCCCCCCACCAUCGGCCUGAUGGGUCUACCCGGGAUGACGCCGGGUGGCACCCUACGUCGCUUGCACUCGUAUCCCUCGAGUUCGGACACCGACACCUCACCGCCCAUCGCCAGGCUGCAGGCGCUGUCACUGGACCAGCAGGCGCAGCAGCAGCAGCAGCAGCAGCAACAAUUGCAGCCGGGCGUGCCAUUCCUGCCUGGGCAAAAGCCACCGGUACCGGAACGGAACGCCGAGCUGCUGCAGCUGGCGAGUACCAGGAGGGUGCCACCGCCACCGCCGCCGCGCACCAGCUCCCGAUCGCCCCUGGCGAGCCCCACCAGCCCGCAGCUCCCGCCCAGGAAUCAUCCGUGCAACCUGCAAAGCGGCAACGCGACCUUGCGCCGACCUUCGCGCAACAACAGCCUCGUCGGCAAGGAGGGUAAGCCGCCGAUGGCCCUACCGGCGAACGCCAUCCUAUCCACCGUGGACCAGGUCGCCGCGACCACCGCGCCGCCGGGAGUCGCCCCGCCGCCGCACAACUCAUCGUCCUCGCAAUCCUCCGCGGUGCUGUCGACCAGCAACUCGAGCUCCUGCGAGAGCGUCAAUUCGCAGGAGGGCCUGCAGAGCAAACGCGGCCGGCAGGAGCAGCUGGAGCAACGGCAUCAGGAGCUGCUCAGGAAGCAGAAGGCUCUGCAGGAGCAGUACGCCAGGCUGCAGCAGCUGCAGAGGAACGCGGCCGGUCUCACCACCGUGCCGCCGGCGCCGCCCGACCUCCUGAAGAAGACCGGCUCCGAGAGCAACCUUCUGGCGAAGAUGGGCCUCGGCCUGAGCGCGGCCAGUUCGGGAUCCCUCACCAGCCUCAGCGUCAAGCCUCAGAUCUCGCUGGACGCCGCCAUGGGUGACGGUAGUAAUCACCAGGUCACCAAGAUCGAGAUCGUGAACGGGCAAACGAUUCCGACGACGGCAGUGGCGUCGGCAACGACGAUCAACGACCAGGUCUCCGACAUCAAGACAUCCAUGACGGUAGUGCCGGGCGCGACGACUACCGGCUCGGCCACCACCGUCACCACCACGUCCACCACGGCCACCAGCAAGGUCUACGAGACGGACAUUCUGUGACCGAGAAGCCGCUCGCUGAUCGGCUGCUCGACCGUCAAGGUCGUCACUGAAAUCGCGCUGGCGAGUUAACACGGCGGCUGAUGGGAUCGCGAGGCCUGCCACCGCUGGGUCCUCGGGCGGGUGGUCCGUCAAAUAAACGACCCGACGAAGGAGAUUCGACAACAAGGAAUUGCUAGAAUUAAGAAGAAUCGAACGGGCUGGCGAAGACAGAGGAGGGAGCCGCGAACCGCGAGGAGGAGAUCGAGGCGAGAACGAGCGGAAGCUGGAGGAAGGCUCUGCCUCCGGUAUCCCGAACGACGAGGGGGCACUGCCGUGUGCCAAGCGGGCGCUUGGAACGUCUCUUGGAAAGUAAAAUUUCAGCGUUAGGGAUUCAGCGCGAGAGAGAGAGACGCCGCGUAAUAAUACCGCACUAAUCGCUAUGGUUUAAUAUAGUAUUAAUGAUCGAAACAGAAAAAAGAAGAAUCGUUACGGCGCGAGAAAACCUUUCGAUAGCGUCGAGAUGUGUCCGAGAUGUAGGGAAAAGGAAGACGAAGGAAAGCAGGAAUGUAGGAAACGCGGCGCGAAUCUCGCAUCACGUAUAGCAGCAGCAUAUUCGAGGCAGACAGGCAGGCAAAGGCUUCAUCCCCGGUUCUCGCGUCUUGCCCACGGUCUCUCGAUCCUUACUUACCCUCCCCCCCCCUCCCUCCCCGUGGCGGAAAAGAAAAAACGUACCGAGUUUUCAUUCUCAAGGUCGGUCUGGACGUCUCGUACACGUCCGCGCGUCCGUACACCUCUCGCAACGUUUGCGCGUGCCAAAUUCAAAGGAGAACACACGGUACUCACGGUACUUUCUUUUUCUAAGGUAAUCAUACACCCGUAACAAUUAAUCCGGCUAUUCGUUCUCUCUUCAUCUCGUAGUAAGGCGAGAGCGUAAAGUUCUACGUAGGCGAUCAUCGUAUAUAAAUAUUAUACAUAUAUACAUACGUAUUGAAUAUAUAUAUAUAAAUAUAUACAUACACGCUACACAUGAUACGCGCGGGCGGGCGGGAGAUUUAUAUAAAUAUAUACACAUACACGUAAAAAAAUGGAGAUACGUAGGUAAAGCUAAGGUAUAUAAUAUAUAAAAUUGUAUAUUUCAUGUGUGUAUGAAAUAUACCGCAGGGCGUACGAAUUAUAUUCAUACGCGCUCGUGUGCGUCGUUAACGUCGUCAGACGGGGCUGCGAUCCUUUUGUUCUUCUUUUCGGACGGCGGCGAAAUCGCACGUGUGGAAACGUUUUGUGCACGACGGUUCUAACGUGCGCAGACGUAACUUUUAUCAGGAAGACUUACAACAAUUGUCCACCGUACGUGCAUAAAAAUAUACACGCAUCCAGCUGCAUUUACACGAGUCUAUAUACACAUAUAUACAUAUACACACACAUAUAUGUAUAUAUAUAUAUUUGUAUAUAUUUACCAUAUACAAGAUGCGUAGCGAUAGGCGAUCGACGUGAUAAUUCGUUAAUGAUAGGAGAUUUACGGGUGGCAAUGCGGCGAGAAAUGCGCGAUCUAUUCAGGAAGUACGAAAAAGUACGAAGGGACACAGCAGGGGUGAAAAAUCGACGCCAUACAAGAGGAUGGAUAAAAGAAUCCAAGUAAUAGGAUGAGCAUCAAGUCCACGGUUGCCAGAUCUCCGGGUUUUUGAUUAGAGACUUUGGCUUUUUAAAAUAAUUGUUCAAAACUCUUCGGACGGAAAAGUCUUUUAAUAUUUUAAAAAAUACUGAUUUUUUUAAACGAGAGGAUUGUAAGAAAGUAGAUAUUUUGAAUAGCAGAAAUCGAUUUUCGACCAAAUCUGAACUUUUUUACCGAGUUGACAAUUUAAUAAUUAAUAUCCGGCAGUCGUCAGCAAUUUCCGGCGGAAUGCCGGUCAAAAUCUGGCAAUCGUGAUCAAGAUUAGCGGUAAGAUGAUAGAGCUGAGUCAACCGGACUUAUAAACAAAUCAAGCAGCGCAGGAAUAUCUCUAUAUUGACGGUAUAUGUCUGCAUGAUCUCCAAUUAUCGACGUUAUCGAGAUGCGUUGAAUUAAUUGAAAUUCGUCAUCUCUCUUCAGAUUACAAUUCUACUUUUAGUUCAACAUGCAGAACUAUUAAUUAAAAAAAAAAACUGUUGGAAUUUAAUAUUCUAUUGUAGAAAUAAAAUCAGAGAAAGAAUAAAGAGAAUCAGUUUAUUGUUUAAACACAGGAUUUCACGUUUAACUUUCGAACUUUUUGUCGAAUUUAAAGUAAGUCUCUCUCUGAAAUCGUUUAUCAAAUGUUAGAAAAAUUAAUCAUCAUGUAUUAAAAGAAGUGAUAUUCUUUUAAAGAAUGUUUAAAAUUUGAUUGAAGAAAAAUCAGAAUAAUAGAUAAAUCGUAUUUUUAUUUUAACUUGAUAUUGCUGAUUGAAGUAUUAAAUUUACUAAGAUAGAAAAUUUACUAAGAGGUAUUAAGUUUAUCAGAAUAUUUUUGGAAUAUAUUUGAUGCUUAUAAACUUAUGAUAAAUUACCGAAUUUACGAAAUACUUGAAAUAAGUGGCAGUUACUUAAUUCAAGUAAUCAAUCGAUCCAAAAUUAGCGCUGAUUCAGUGUCGGUGUAGCUAAUCCCGGGCUGGAAAUAACGAUAGCGAUCGAGAGACACGGCAAGACGCGCGAGAGACCUGCCGUCGAAUUUUUCCGGCGGCCAAAGGUACGCAUUAGGAAGGAUAUUGCUCAAUAUUUGCCAAUCCGAACGCAACACAGCUCCGCUACAUAUACAUACAUCUCGCAACUAAUGCCGCGCAUUACGUGGAUCGUCGGACGAUCCGUGAUUAUUAGCUAAUUAUCAUCCCGACGCGCCCCCGCCGCAUCACAAGCCGACGAUCGUCACGUUUUCGUUUGUCUCUCUCCAUUGACGCGAUCGCCGGAAGGUUCGCACGUUUUGCGAGCGAUAGCAAAAACUGCAGUUGUUUCCCAUUACACUCGCGGCUAACGGUUGAGUUUGUAAACGCGAUCGUACCGAAGAAAAAAAAAAUGGGGGAGUCUCAGUUACCCUUAGUGGUAUUUAUACACUUCUGCUGCAUUAACAUUACUCCGGAUGAAAAUUCACCCAUGGAAUUAGGAAUGUUUUUCAGAAUUUAACUUUUAAGAAUUCCUCUUUUCUACUUUAUACGUUGCAAGGCGUUAGAAUAACUGAACUUGCAUUUUUUAUGUCAACAAAAUCUUGUUAAAAUGUUGCUUCAAGCUGUCGAAAUUGCAAUAUCGGGAACAACUUGGAUUAGCGUAUUGGGUGAGAGUUCACUCGCAGUAGCACUCCGGGGUUAGAGAGAAGCUCGCGCAACUGGACUCUUGGAGAUUUGAUAUGUCAAUGCGAAAUCGUCGCGAAGGCUUCAUGCGUCACCCUGGCCGUUCCUUAAGUAUGCGAUCGUCGGUUUUCGCCUUACUUUAUCGCAGCUUUAUUACCGUGGGAACUCGUCGUCCCGAACAACAAGCAGAAUUCUCUCCGAAACAUUCGCGGGAUGCCGAAGCGAAAUAUCUAAAAAUCGCUCUCCUCUCACGGGGAGACCCUUGGAUCCCGUUCGCGUUGUUUGGGCGACCGGCGCUCGACACAAUCGCGUAUCUUGCUUCGAGAAGGGCCUAACGUUUCAGCUAACAUACAUUCGCGUAUAUAUAUAUAUAUACGUAUUUAUUUAUUUUGUACGCUUCCAUCCCUUUCGUUGGCCCGGUCUGCGGACGCGGACCAGUUCGACGAGGCUCUCGUAUCAACCCUCGGAUGCCCCACUUCGAUAUGGAUGGACGAAUCUCUCUCUUGUCGAGAGAUUCUGGCGCGUUUUGUUGAAUUUCCCAUCAGCGUCCAGCGAACCGUAGCCUUUUUCAAAGCGAACACGGCGCAUUGCCGAUCCUCGAUUAAAAAAAAAAAAAAAAAAAAAAUGCAAAAUAAAAUUUGCUAAUUGAUAAAAAUCGACGAAAGAUCGAUGUUCUAUGUAUAUUUGACUGUUUUCUAAUUCGUAGAUUUUAUAAUAAAAUAUUCCUUUCGUUAAGUUAGCUAGUUGAUAGUUAAGUAAGCAAUUAGAGAAUUAUUGAAAAUUGUUAUUAAGAUAAUUAGAAAUGGAUUAUAUGUAUGCUGCGACACUGUUUCCACGCAAAGAUCGCAAGAAUUGACGAGCGCAUCGAUGCAGUUAUAACACGUGCUCUCUUUCUCUCCCCUUCUCGUGCGCCUUUCGCCAAUAAUUCGCGGGAGAAAGGGAGCAGGCGUGAGCAUCUGCGUAAACGCGAUCGGUAGCUUAAUUUUAUAAUUUGUUAGUAGCAAUAUUAGCGUAAUGAGUGACGUGGACGUCACGCGCGGUAGAUUGAUAUUUAUUUCGCGGCGGACAAAAAGGGGAAUGCGAGACCGAUCGCAUCCGGGGGUUGAAGAAACUCGCGCGCGGCGAAUGAAAAGCAUUAUCCCGUUAUUUAUUUUCGACCGUCACAUACGUACACACACGCAUACACGCAGUCCGGAGCACGUCUUUAUAGGGGGAAAAAAAAAAAAUAA